AUGCUUCGCAGAAUCGUCUUUGCUGCCCUGGCCGGAGUCGCCACGGCCAUUCUCGACAGUUCCUUCAACGGUACGGGACAGAUCCGCGCACUUGCCCAUGGUACCACGAAUGGCACCGACAUGGGCUGCCUUACAGAUGCAGGCCAAUGGACAACCAUCGAGGACGACUGUGGUGUCUUUGCCGGCGUACGAAACGGUGCUACUGGUGUCUACCUCACCUCGGAGAGAGGAUCCUGUGGUAGAGCCGAGGAUGAUGAUAGCGUGCUAUACUUCAACUGUGCUGAAGAUCAAGACGCUCUCGACUUUUGGAUUUUCGCCGCAUACACCAAUAGGGAUAUUCUAGUUUAUAGCGAGACCUUCACCUGGUCUAGCUUUUCCACCUUUGCCGACGCCGACACAAACAACCUCACCCUCCACAGCUACCGGACCAACGAUCCUGAACCAUGGGUGUGGAUGGGAUGGACCGCCCUGUAA